AUGGCCUCCACAGCCUGCAAAAGGUUGUCUGCGCAGUCACCUUCGGGGGCCUCAGUCUUGAGGGGCAGCAGCCUCUCUCAUCUCAAGCGAGUCGGCCCGGACAAAGACGCGCCCCCCCUUUCCGUCCUUCCUACCGGCCUUCUCUGCCGCUCCCUCGUCGCCAGCGCCGUCACUUCCACGCCGUGGCUGCUCACGCCCGCCAUCUCUUUCCUCUCGUACAUCUGCCGGCCCCGCCGUCCGUUCCUCUUGGACGUGCGGCGUAACCGGGCGCUCGCGUGGCUCAUGAAGCAGACUGUGUACAAGCAGUUCUGCGCGGGUGAGACGCUCGCCGAGACGCGGGCUACUAUGGGCCGCAUGCGGGACAUGGGCUUCCGCGGGACUAUCAUCACGCUUGCUACGGAGACGGUGUUCGACCACGGCAAAAACAGGGUCCACGGGCUGGGGGUCGAGUCGGGGGCGGACAAGAGAGCGGCGAUAUGCCCGGCCAUCGCGUCGUGGCGGAAGAGGAUCCUCGAGGCGGUCGAAAUCCUCAGCGAGGGGGACCAGCUGGCCGUCAAGAUAACAGGAGCUGGGCCGCUUGUCACAGAGGCCCUCGCGGCCGGCGAGCUCCUGCCGCUGCAGAUGCUCGACGCCCUGGACGAGAUCAGCACCCGGUGCAAGGCCCAAAAAGCGCACAUGCUCAUCGAUGCCGAGUCCCAGCUCUACCAGCUCGGCAUCCUCCGCGCGGGCCUCGAACUGAUGCAAAAGUAUAACCGCGACGGCCACACCGUCAUCUACAACACCUAUCAGGCCUACCUUAAGAGCACGCCCGCCUCCUUGGCCGAGCAGCUGGCGGCCGCGCUGGACGGCGGCUUCACCCUCGGGCUCAAGCUCGUCCGGGGCGCAUACCUGGCCACCGACAAGCGCAGUCUCAUGCACGACAGCAAGCAGGACACGGACGACGCAUACAACGCCAUCGCCCUCGGCGCGCUGCGGCAGUGCCUCCUGGGUUUCGGAGGAACGGACGAGGGGGCCCGGCCGUUCCCGUCUGUGAGGCUCAUCCUAGCGAGCCACAACAGGGAGAGCGUGCUCGCAGCGCACAAGUUACACACGCAACGCUUGGAGCAGGGCCUAAAGACGGUGCCGGUCGUGUUCGCGCAGCUGCAGGGCAUGUCGGACUCGCUGAGCUUUGGCCUACUGCGGCUCGGCGGCGCGCCCGAGGUGUACAAGUGCUCGACGUGGGGGAGCCUAGACGAGUGUCUGGGCUACCUGGCGCGCCGGGCGGCGGAGAACAGGGACGCGGCGUCGCGGACGAGGGACGAGUAUGCGGUGCUGAAGGCGGAGGCGUGGAGGAGGCUGAGGCGGGUUUUCGCGACGGGACGCUGA